AUGAAUAAUUUGAACAAAAAUGCUUGCAUAGCACAAUAGAUAGAUAAACAAAACAAUGAAGUUAGAUGUUUAUUUUAAAGUCAAUGUGUUAGAGCAACAAAUCUACAUUUAAAAUCUUUAGGAUGUGAUCCAGAUUUCUCUAAGUUUUCUUGUCUUAAUGUAGUGAAUUAAGAUUGUAUAUGGUAAGGAGAAUGUAAAUAAUAUCCAAUUGAAAAUUCGGAUUAAAAUAAUGAAGAUAAUACAUGUGAAUCAUACUAUAAUCAAUCUGUAACUUCUCAGAUGUGCGCAAAAAUAAAAAAUCUUCGAUGUUAUCAUGGAGGAAUGGAAUAGGAUUACUAAUGCUUAACAUUAUUAGAAAAUGAGCUUUCAGAAAUUUAAUGCUCUCAUUAAGGCUUAAAUAAAAACGGAUGCAUUUCUAUUACCACUAAGGAUCAAACUUGUAUUUAUAAUUCAUAACAGAAGUGCAAAUUUACAGAUGUAAGUUUAUUGGACUCCUGCGAUAACAUUCUCAACAAGCAUGCCUGCCUUUCUUCUAAAAUCAAUAAUCUAUAAUGUGAAUGGACAGUUGAAGGUUGUAGAAUAUUUUAAAAUGACAACCAAGAAUGCAAUUAAAUAGUGAAUGUGAAUUAUUUAGUAUGUGAAAAUUAUGAUGGUAUCUGCUCAUAUAAUAUUGAAACUUAAAGUUGUGAGGAAGUAACUCAAUCUUAAUUAAAUAAUUUAUCUUGCUCUGAAAUUGGAUUAAGUAAAAAGGCAUGUCUACUUAUAAAAAAUACUAAUUGCACUUUUUAUAGAGGGUUUUGUGAGAAUUUAUCAGAAGAAGAUUUAAAUACAUUUGGUUGUGAUAUGUUAUUAAAUGAAGAGGCUUGUAUUAAUAUAAAAACAUAAUUUUAAUAUUGUUAAUGGGAUGGAAUCAAUUGUUAAAGAAUUUUUUUAAAUUAAGUAGUAAAUUGCGAAAUUAAAGAUAAUCACAAGUUUAAAUAUAAUGGACUCUAUUGUCAAAAUAUAUCAAAUAAUAAUGCAGCUUGUAAAUAUGAUGAUAUUUCAAAACAAUGUGUUCCAAGCUCUCCAGAAGAUGAUUGUAAUUCCAGAUAUUUAAAUUUUCUUGGUUGCUUAAAUAUAACAAAAUAUAAAUAAACUUGUUAAUGGACAAUUAAUGGUUGCAUAUAUAUAGCCAUUUUGCCAUAUUAAACAACUUGCGAAAGCUUAGGCAAUGCAAAUCCUAAUUCCUGUUCUCAAGUAAUAGAAAACGAAGUAUCUGGGUGUUAUUAUAAUAAAUCAUAUCAAAGAUGUUAAAAAGUAGAUUAAUUAGAUAAUUAAACUGCAUUAUUAGUUUCACUGGAUUGUGAAAACAAAUUAUUAGGAUUAAAUAGAAUACUUUGUGCUAGUAUAAUCAAACCAUAGACGGCCUGUAGGUGGUAUUAAAAUGAAUGCGUUAAGAUUUUUAAUCCUAAAGAGCUUUCAGAUGUUUCUUGUUAAGAAAUGAUAUAUUCAAAUUCUAAGAGUUGUGCUAUGAUUUAAUUUAAAUCAGAACCUUGUAGAUAUAAACUUUCUGCUAAAGGGUGUAUCAAUUCUGUUAAAUAAUAAAUGAGAUGUGAUGAGCCUGGCUUGAAUGCAAAUGCUUGUUCUUAAUUAGAGGAUUAAUGUUACUUCAAUCAAUCAACCUAAGAAUGUCAGCUCUUUAAUUCACAUACUUCAACUGACGAUACCCCUUAAAAUACUAGUUCAAAUAAUGAUGUAAUUGUGGUUAGCAGUUUGGACAAUUUAGAAUGUAUUAAAAGUUCUCCUACAGAAAAGAUAUGUAAAUUAAUAUCAAAACCAGGAUAAUUAUGUGGAUGGAAAGAAACAUUAGAUAAAUGUGGAGAAGUCAGCGUGAGCUUAAAUUAAAAAUGCAAAAACUUUAAAAACGUUAACAGUAAUGUUUGCGCAGAAGUAGCUUUGGAUAAUCCAGAUUAUAUACCUCCUAAUGAAAAAUAAAAAGUUGGCUAUUGUAUAUAUAAUUCAAAUACUUUUUCUUGUGAAGUUUUAGGUGGAAAUGAAGUUUGUGAAACAAAUUGUUGUACAGAGGGUAAAUUUAAUGGAAUAAAUUAACAUUCAUGCAGUUUUUUAACCAAGAAUUCUAGUAGUUAUUGUUACUUUCAUAAUGGUAGAUGUAAUGAAUUGACAUAAAAUUAAGUUGAUAUAACAAAUGAAGAAGCUGUUAAACAAUUUUUUAAUGCUAAUGAGGUUGAUGGAUUUAAGUGUUCAUAAAUGGGUAUAAAUUCAUGUCAUAUGAUUGAAUGGUCGACUUCUUAAAGAUGUUAUUUUAAUGGUUUUUCAUGCGUUAACAUCAAAUUUGAAAACUAUAAGAAUUAUAAAAUUUUUACAGAAGCUCCUUCUAUUUUAAAUCGUUUUGCUUGUUUGGCAAUUGAAGCAUCCUUAACUUUUUUCAACAUAGAAAAAUAUUUUGAAUACGAUCCUUAAAAUCAUCGUUGUAUUAGUAGGAAUUAUUAAACUUCACCUCCAUAUUAUGCACGAUGUGAGGAUGUUCAAGGCAAUUCUAAUAUAUGCUUAAGAUUUACCGAAAAUAAUUAUUGUAAAUGGGAUAAAAAGCUAUUAAAAUGUGUCACAAUCUCAUUAGAUGAAUUUGCAGAUAUAACUACUUGCGAUCAGAAUUAAAAUAUCAGAGCAUGUAGAGAAAAUAUUUACUCUUCUUGUUUUUUUUCAUUUGAUUUAGAUAGAUGCAUAACUGCUUCUACUUAUGUUCCAUGUAACUAUUUUGAUUCUAGAGGUUACGUAUCAUAAAAGGCGUGCUCAUAGAUUGACCUUCCUAAUUAAUAAUGUGAAUGGUAAAAUUAUAAAUGCAUUUUGACAAAUAAAAGUUCAAAUAAAUGUGAUGUAACCGGAACUAAUAAAUAUACUUGCUAUAAAAAUACAUAGGGAAAUUGUCGAUGGAGUAUUGAAAACUCAACAUGUUAUGAAAUAGGGUCAUUAAAAUAAAUAGUUGAAUUAGGAUGCAAUGAUAAUUUAAAUUAUGUUCUAUGUAAGUAAGUAACUAAGGAACCUUGCAUGUGGGAUGAUUCAUUAUAUGAAUGUGUUACCUUUAAUUAAACUCCUUAUAGCGAUUUCAAAGAAUUAAAUAAAAAUAAUUUGUUUAAUCCAUUGUCUUGUUUAGAAAUAACAGGAGCAGGAUAUAGAUACGAUGAAACAACUAAUAGGUGCAUGUUUAUUGAAGAUUCGAAUAAUCAAAACUCCUGUUAAUAGAUGAUAAAUUAAUAUGCUUGCUUAUAUUUGACAAGAGGAUAUAAUUGUGUAUAUGAUACUACUAAAAUGCCUCCAUGUUAAUUUUUCACAGAUGAUUAAUCAGUAUGUACAACUUCCAAUCUUAUAAAUAUUGAAGUUUGCAUGGAUAUUUCUAAAUAAUGUUACUUUUCUAAAUCCAAAUUAUAAUGUUUAGUUGCAGAUAUUUCUCAGUCUUAAACAUGCUCUUCUUUAGGUGCCUAAUUAAAUAAUGGAAAUCAUUAUAAUAAAUUAUCUUGCUCUUCCAUUGAUGAAUCAAUAACAUAGACUUAUUCUGAAGAUCAAUGUUUUGGGAGCGAAGAUAAAAAGUAAAAGUGUAAUUAUGAAAAUAAUUGUGAAUGGCAUAAUCAAAUUUAUGGGUGUUAAGUCAAAAUUUUAAAUGUAUUAUUUUUUGAUAAAGAAAAUACCGAAAAAAGUUCAGUUUAUGAAUACAGGUAUUAAAGAGAUAAUUGUACAAAUUACUGCAAUUAAUUCGUGAAAACACCAGAAUAAUAUUAGUCCCCAUAGAAUAUAACAUUUCCAGGAACUUCUGCUCCUUUACAAUGUGGCUUAAAUAAAACAUGUGAUUAUUAAGAUAAACUUUGUUAAACAGAUUCUGAUUGUCCAACCAUUUACAAAGAUCCAAUUAAAAUAAAUGAUGAUGGCACGUUGUAUUUAGGUAUUAAGUAAAAUUAAUUAUGCUCAAAACGAUGUUAAAAAAACGGUGAUAUGAUCUGCAAUCAAUAAAGUGACUAAAAUCCAUAAGAAAUUAUUAGUGAUGCUCUAAUUGGUCAUUAAUCUUGCCAAGGGAGAUGCAAUACUUCUUCUUCUGAAAUUAAGAAUUGUUAACAAGAUUAUGAAUGCGGCUUGAACGAGCAUACUUUUAAUAUAUAAUAUAAUGGUACAACUUAGUAAAAAACGGAGUCAUAUCAGAAUAUAUGCCAGUUUCAUAAAUGCACUCAUGGCUAGUAAAAUUGUACAAAUAGCACUGAUUGUCCAGAUUAUGUUGAAAUAUCAUGGAAUACAUAAAAAGCAAAUUGUUUUUAGAAAACUAUUUAUAAAGUAGUUCCUAUUUGUAAAGGAUUUGGUUAUAUUGAAUUAAGAUGCAAAAAUACUUUCUCAAAAUCACUUUGUUUAAAUGGUGUCUUAGAAGAAUGUUUCUUUGAUUUAAAUUAAGGAGGAUGUUAAUAAUUAAAAGGAAAUGAAAAUAAAAUACCUAAUUGUUCAUCAAUUUCUAGCAGAUGUAAACCUUCGGAAAAUGCCUUGUAAUGUGAUCCAAACAAACCGAUUUGUAAAAGUAGCACAGAAUGUUAACCUAAAAGUUUCUUAAACUCUUGUUUGAGCAGUUCUAAUCAAAAAGUGAUUUGUAAAGCUGGAUAAAUGAAAAUAUUCCCAAAUGAAAUUUAAUGUAUCUCUAUGGAGAGGUAAAUCUAGAUAUGUGAUCCUGUGACGCUUACUGAAGAUAUUUAUUGCAAAGAUAUUACUUAAGAUGCUUCUCCUGCUUAUUGUGCAUUGGCGAUUGACUUCUGUCGUUUUGAGUUAGAUAGUUGCGUAGAAACUGCAGAAAAAAAUGAAUAAGGUGAAUGUAUUUGUGAUUCAAGUUUUAGUAAAUCGCUUUGUGAAGAAUGCAAAUGUGUAUUUGAUUUUGUUGGAUAUUGCCAAUAAUAUCCACUUGUUCCAUAACUAAGACCAGAUGCAUCAAACAAAUAUUAUUUAUGUCAUGAAGUUAAUCAAUUAAAUAUUCUGAGCAAGUCUGUUGUUUGUACUUUGGUUGAAUAGGCAUGCAAAGUUAAUAAUAAUAAAUGCGAAGAUGCAACUCAUUAUACAUGCGAGCAAUUGAAGGGAUAUUACACAACAAAGAAAGCCUGCACUCUAUGUAAGGGUGCUAGUACUUAAUAUGAGAUUAAUAAUCAUAUUUGCUAUUAUCUUCUGACCACAAGUGUUUCAAAAUGCGAUCUGUUAAAUAAAUAGGCAUGUUUAUAAAUGACAAAAGGGAUAAAGUGUAAAUGGGAAGAUUAUGAAUGUAAAUAAAUAGAUAGAAUAACCGGAUCUGAUAGUAGAGAUUGUUCAAUUUAUAAUGAAGAUGCUUGUAUAUAAUUCUAGUAAGAUUGUUGGUUUGAUUAGAAUAUUGGUUAUUGUACAUAGUUUGAUCCAACUUAGGGUUCUUGUAAUUUAUUAUUAAAUGAAGAUCUUUGCUUAUUUUCAUUAAAGGAAUCUUGUUUAUGGGAUUCAAUUAAUUUAAAGUGUAUGAAGAAUGAUAAUCAAAUUACAUAAUGUUCAGAUUUAAAUAAAUUUGGAUGUUUAAAUUAAUCAAUCAUGUCAUGUGUAUGGUCAGAUCUUUAUAAAUGUUAAUUAACUUAUGCAAAUAACAAUGCAUAAUCAUGCGAAUCUCCUUUAUAAAGUAAUGAAAAUUCAUAUAUUACACAUUUUAGUUAAAAACUUUGUUCUUAAUUAAAGAUUCAAUCAAGUUGUUUCUUAGAUAAUUAUUAUUAAUGUAGAUAAACUAUUAUUACAGAUAUAAUUAAAUGUAAUACUUAAGGAUUAAAUAAAUUUGGUUGUAUUAAUAGAUCAAUAGGAUAAUGUUAAUUUAAAGAUGAACAACAUUAAUGUAUAGAAAAUACAAAUGAUUAAAUUGGAUGUCUUGAUUCAUUAAAUAAAUAGGCUUGUAUUUCUUAAAAAUAAACAUGUAAAUUUGAGAAUAAUAUCUGUUCUCUUCAUUAAGUAAAUACAAUUAAUGAUAUCAUUAAUUCUACUUUAUUAUUCGUUUAUUCUAAAAGUGUUUGUUAUGCUAUAGAUUAACAAAUAACAGAUUGUUUGAUAUAUAGUGAAAUAUAAAAUAGAUGUAUUAAUGUAUCGAAUAGAUAACCUUUUAUUGAUAAUUGUUAUAAAUUUACAAUGAAUAAGUAUGCUUGUUUAUAAAAAACAUUAUAAACAUGUGAAUAUAAUUAAAAUGAAAAUAGUUGCAUUUUAACAUCUUAAUAAACUUUGAAAACUAUUAAUAAUUGUUUUCCUGACAAAGAUUUAAACUGGGUUUCUUGUAUAUCUUUACCCUCUUAUUGUAAAUUCAAUGGAAUAAAAUGUUAAUCUAUUGAUUUAAAAGUUGAUACUUGUGAAUCUUUAUCUAAAUCUAAAUUUAUAGUUAAAGCUUCAGUUUGUGCAACCACAAAUGAUCAAAAUUGUAAAUUAAAUAUUACCUCAAAUACUUGUGAGAUUGUAUAAAAAACAGAUAAUUUCUAAUGCUCAAGUCCAGGUUUAAAUAGAAGAAGUUGCUUAUUCUAAACAAAAGGUUAUCUUUGUAGAUUUCAAGAUGAUUAAUGCAUUUUUGAUUUUGGAUAAGCUUAAUGUGAAGAUAUGAUUAAUGAAGAUAAAUGUUAUUCAAUCAAAACCAAAGGUUAACACUGUGCAUUUGAUUCAUCCAAAGGUUGUUAUUCUAUUGAUAAUUUCUUAAGGAGAAUUACUUAAAUGUAUUCAUUCAUUUAAAACUAAUCCAAUUACCUGUUCAAAAAGUACAGACAUACCAUGCUUUUAUAACAUUGUGACAAAACAAUGUAUAAGGUUUAUAAAUCCUUAAGAUAAAAUUGA